AUGUCUGAAUUUCAGUUUGUCGGUGACGUAAGUGAAUUAAGUGUCGAACAAAAGAAUUUGAUUGGCAAUGUGUUGAAAGAGAGAGGAUUUAAAAAUGUCAAAGUUGAAGUACUACCAGUGGGUAAUGCAGGAGACAACUACGUAGCCAAUGUGCAAAGAAUUAGCGUAGAAAAGAACGGUGAAAGUUUUAAGAUGAUUGCCAAAGUGGCUCCCAAGAAUGACAUGAAGCGCACUCUUGGAAAUAUUCGCCUUUUAUUCCAAAACGAGAAUGUCAUGUACACCGAAGUACUACCUAAGUUUACUGAAUUAGAAAAAGCCGCAAAUAUUCCAGAGAAGGAAAGACUUAGAUACGCAAUUUGUUACGGGACGUACUUGGAAGAACCAAAUGAAAUAAUUCUUCUACAAGACUUAGAAGUACCUGGCUUCAAAAUGCUAGACAGGUUCAGCUCAUUGGCGGAUGACAAUGUGAGAAUGGUUCUUAAAAACUUCGCUAAUCUACAUUCCCUAUCGUAUGUUUUGAAGUACAAAGAACCUGAGACGUUUGAAAAAUUUACAAAAGGACUUGCCAAUUUCUGGCUCAUAUUAGUCGAUGUUCCUGAAAUUACUGGUUGGUUUACUCAGAUUGAUGCCGACGUGCAAACGUUAUUAGAUGAUGAUAAAUACAAGACAGCGGUGAAAAAUGCAGCAGGCCAGAUGAUUCCACGAGCCGCGAAGCUGGCUAAAAUAGAUGCUGACUCAAAAUUCUCCGUAAUUCAACAAGGAGAUGCUUGGACUAACAACAUUAUGUUCAAAAUAGAGAAUGACAUAACUGUGGAAUGCUGCAUGAUCGAUUACCAAGCCUCAAAACUUAGUAGUCCCGUCGCUGACAUUCAGUACAUGAUCUUCAAUUGCACCGAUCACGCUACGAGAACGAAUAAUUACUAUGAUUGGAUCGAUUAUUAUCACUCGCAAUUGGACAAAAGCUUGGGCAACUAUGGACUUAAGGCUAACUUUGUUUAUCCUAGAGACCAGUUCGAUGCAGACUUAAGAAGGUUUGCCAAAUUCUCUCUUGGCCAAGCUGUAAUGGCAGCUACAAUUAUGGUCAGAGAGACAGCUGACGCAACUAAAUUGAAAGAUGCGAUGAAUAACGUAGAUGGUAAAAAAUCUACUCAGGAAAUUGCCGAUCAAGUUAAAAUAUCAGCUUCAGAUCCGGAAACGAUAAACAAAUGUAAAACUAAAAUUGAAGGAUUGGUUCUUGAAGAACGCGGAUUUAAAAACGUAAAAAUUGAUAUACAACCUGUAGGUCAAAUAGGCGAUAACUUUGUAGCUAAUGUGAAAAGAAUUACCGUGGAGAAGGAUGGUGAAACCUUUAAGAUGAUUGCUAAAGUCGCUCCAAGGAGUCAUAUGCAGCGCGUUAUUGGGAACUCGCGUCUUUCAUUCCUAAACGAGGAUAUUAUGUACACCCAAGUGUUAGCAAAAUUUAGUGAAUUAGAAAAAGCUGCAGAUAUUCCAGAGAAAGAAAGAUUUAGAUAUGCAGCUUGCUACGAGACAUACAUGGAAGAACCAAAUGAAAUUAUUCUACUUGAAGAUUUACAAGUAUCUGGGUACAAAAUCCUAGAUAAAUCAAAGUCAUUGACAGAUGAAAAUGUGAGAUUGGUUCUUAAGAAUUUCGCUGUUUUACAUUCUUUGUCAUAUGUUUUGAGGUAUAAAGAACCUGAGACAUUUGAAAAGUUUUGUAAAAGUCUUAUCAAUUUUUGGUCAGUAAUGGCCAACGCUCCUGAAAUCAUUAAUUGGUUUACCCAGAUAGACGCUGAUGUUCAAAUGUUAUUAGAUGACGAUAAAUACAAGAAAGCAGUAAAAAAUGCGGUAACUAAAAUGCUUAAUCAAAUUGUGAAAUUGUCUGCAUUGGACAUUAACUCGAAACACUCCGUCAUCCAACAAGGAGACCCUUGGACAAAUAAUAUCAUGUUCAGACUUGAGAACGAUAGAAGCGUGGACUGCUGUAUGAUCGACUACCAAAUUUCCAAGCAGAGUAAUCCUGUCGCCGACUUACAUUACAUGAUCUUUAAUUGCACCGACUACGCUACGAGAGCGAAACAUUUCCACGAUUGGAUCGAUUAUUAUUACUCACAAUUGGAUAAAAGCUUGGCCAACUUUGGACUAAAGGCCAAUUACGUUUAUCCUAGAGAUCAAAUCGAUGCAGACUUAAGAAGAUUCGCUAAGGUCUCACUUGGCCAAGGUGUUAUGUUAAGUACAAUGCUGGUCAGAGAUAACACACAAGCUGCCGAUGUAAAAAAAGCAAUGAGUUCAGUAGAUGGCAAUUCGAGUGCAGAGGAUAUCACCAAUGCAACCGGACAAAUGCAAUUAUCAACUACAAAUUCUGAAACAAUUGAGAAAUUUAAAGUUAAAUUGCACGGACUUGUUGAUAGUUUUAUUGAAUUUGGGUAUUUGUAAUUACUUCAGUUUACUUUAAAAUACUUUAAAAUAGUUAAAUUUACGUGUUCAGAUGAAUGAAAAUGAAAGACGUUAUUAUUUAUUUCUUUAUAAGUUUUAUGUUAUAAUUCAGAAUUGUUUAUUUCUAUUUUUA